AGACAUUGCGCUCGAUAUCUCGACUCAAACAACAUGGCUGCAAGUUCGAAGCCUUUAGCCGCCCAGCAAAGACUGCCUAUGCCAUCCUCAGAGAACAAAGCGCAUCGUAGGGAUUGCGAACGUCUUACCCGUCCCCGAACCUCCCGUUUUGCGAAGAGUCUGGCGAUUGAGAAAGAGUCUACAGUUCGGACGGACAAUAAGCGACAAGAGGAACAAGCCGUGGAGGAGAAUUCGUUGCGAAGAAUCUUACGCCCUCGAACUGGCAGUCGCGAUGAAACAAAUACGCCCUCUGCCCAGAAAGUGGAGACGCGAAGGAGAUCUCGAGCAAUCAAAGCCGAGCAAGCCGCGGACCCCAGACGAUCUAAGCGGCCUCGAAAACUUGUCCAGCAGCCAUUACCUGUCCAGCACACCGAAGGCAGGAAGCGACGCCUGAAUAUCUCAGAAUCCGGCGCGACAGGUGCUUCUCGCAAACAGGCACGACACAAUCCUAACAAAGCCGCUGUUGACAACUCAACUGAACGAGAGGAGGCAGACAGCGUCGACGGCCAAAAAGAUCCCAUACUGUACUGGACAAAGACAGGACACUGGCCCAAAGGAUAUUCUGAGCAGAGUGACAAAAACAUGAGUCAUCUACUUGCCAGGCAGAAGUCCUCGGCCUCCCUUCGCCGGAGGAAAUCUCCGCUGGUCUCCGUUGAUCAAGCUUCUGUCGCGACGAGCUCUGUCGCGCCGAGCUCAACAACACCCAGCGACCAAAAGCCACGAGAAGUCAAGAGCGCUCCUUACCAAGAUCCACGUUAUGAGGCUUUACUUGCGACUAAGGGAAGCUUUAUGAUCAAAUCCGACCUUGACGUUGACGAAGGAAGUAAGACGCUUUGCCGCUCCUUGCUCCAGAAGGAGCAAACCGUUCACGAGCAGUCUUUGUUUCGCGACGACCUCUUCGAGCAAACCUUCCAAAAGAUUCAAAAUCGGAAUGAAGCUAGGGUUAUUCAAGACAUUAGUCGAUUAAUCGUACCUUCGGCGGAGGCCCUGACAACGUACGGAGCCAAGCAUCUGAAGUUCUUGAUCGAAAGUGUCAACGAAGGCUGGAACAACUCCUUUCCCUUGACAGGGACGCGUCCGCAGCCUGACUACUCUGUAGGAUUCAAGCGGGAAGCAUUUACCAACGAGCAGCUUGACAAGCUUGCCCCAUUCAUUGGCAAUUUCAUCUCCGGCGAUCAGUCGUACUUUAUGGCUACGUACUACAUGUACUUCCCGUUUCUUACCUGCGAGGUGAAGUGCGGUACUGCAGCGCUCGAUAUCGCGGACCGACAGAAUGCCCACAGCAUGACACUUGCUGUGAGAGCUACUGUCGAGCUCUUUCGACUCGUUGGCCGUGAGAUGGAGCUUCACCGUGAGAUUCUCGCUUUCUCAAUCUCGCAUGACCACAGGUCGGUGAGAAUCUAUGGUCACUACCCAGUCAUUGACGGGAAGGACACCAAGUACUACCGCCAUCCAGUACACACUUUCGAUUUCACAGCUCUUGAUGGAAAAGAGAAAUGGACGGCGUACAAGUUCACCAAGAACGUCUACGAAAUAUGGAUGCCAAAUCAUUUUAAACGGCUAUGUUCGGCUAUAGAUCAAAUCCCGGCAGACCUGGAUUUCAGCGUUCCACAACUUUCCCAGAGCUUCGGGCUUUCACAAGACCUGGAGCGCCAUCAUCUCUCGGGAUCGAGUCAGCCCGAUUCGCAAUUACAAGAGCUCAGUUGGCAAAGUACUGAAGGCGCAAGAGACACCACCCCAAAUACCUCCUUCACCGGCCGAGGCGCUUCGAAACGUCCCAGGAAACGGCUUGCUGCGGAGGAAUAAUGCGUGUUGGAAACUGUUUUGUAACACCGCGUAUAUAUCGGUAUUCAACCAACUCAAUUCACUCUGUGCUCUGCAAAGCUUCAAGUGCUCUGACAAGUCUAGAUAAUGUGUUCAUAUAGCUGUUGAUGUUGACCAGAGCGAGGUCAUUGAUAUCCUCGCUCAGCAUGAAGGAUGCCUUUUGUAUAGUUUGGCGAGUUACUCCUUUAACAUAUACCCCUUCUCGUUCUAGCUUCUACCAAGUCUGUUCAGCUUCUCCCCGUGGUCAUCAAUCCGUUUCCUCGUUUUGCCUUAAAUGGGGAUCAGCAAAAUCAAUA